AUGGCUGCUACUAGUGAUAUUGUCGAAAAGACUCACAUUUUACAAAAAUAUUUGGAAUUAGACCAAAGAGGUGCUAUCAUCGCCGAAUACGUUUGGAUUGAUUCCGAAGGUGGUUUGAGAUCCAAGGGUAGAACCUUGAACAAGAAGGUCACAUCCGUUGAUUCUUUGCCAGAGUGGAACUUUGAUGGUUCUUCUACCGGCCAAGCUCCAGGUCAUGACUCCGAUAUCUACUUGAAGCCUGUUGCCUUCUACCCAGAUCCAUUUAGAAGAGGUGACAACAUUGUUGUUUUGGCUGAAUGUUGGAACAACGAUGGUACUCCAAAUAAGUUCAACCACAGACAUGAAGCUGCUAAGUUGUUCGAAGCUCACAAGGAUGCUGAGAUGUGGUUCGGUUUGGAACAAGAAUACACUUUGUUCGACCAAUACGAUCAAGUAUAUGGCUGGCCAAAGGGUGGUUUCCCAGCUCCACAAGGUCCAUACUACUGUGGUGUUGGUGCCGGUAAGGUCUUUGCUCGUGACGUCAUCGAAGCUCAUUACAGAGCCUGUUUGUAUGCCGGUGUGAACAUCUCUGGUAUCAACGCUGAAGUCAUGCCAUCUCAAUGGGAAUUCCAAGUCGGUCCAUGUGAAGGUAUCGCCAUGGCUGAUCAAUUGUGGAUCGCCAGAUACUUCCUGCAUAGAGUAGCCGAAGAAUUCGGUGUUAAGGUUUCUCUACAUCCAAAGCCAUUGAAGGGUGACUGGAACGGUGCUGGUUGUCACACCAACGUUUCUACCAAGCUAAUGAGAGCUCCAGGUGGUAUGAAGUACAUCGAAGAUGCUAUCGAAAAGUUGUCCAAGAGACAUAACGAACACAUCAAGCUAUAUGGUGCUGACAACGAACAAAGAUUGACUGGUAGACAUGAAACCGCAUCCAUGUCCACCUUCUCUUCUGGUGUCGCCAACCGUGGUGCUUCCAUUAGAAUCCCAAGAUCUGUCAACAAAGAGGGAUACGGAUAUUUCGAAGACAGAAGACCUGCCUCCAACAUUGACCCUUACUUGGUUACUGGUAUCAUGUGUGAAACUGUCUGUGGUGCUAUUGAAAACGCCAACAUGACUAAGGAAUACGAAAGAGAAUCUUUAUAA